ACCACUGACAACUGCUGCAUCAGGAUUCUCUUAACGCGCUUGCUUUUCAGUUCCAAGAAUUGUGUUCAAUACGGAAAUACUAUCAAAGAUCGAUUUAUUCUGAAAGUAUACAUGCAAGCAUUUUGUUCUGAUUUAACUGCCGAAAAGCAUUCGUGUACUUGGAGAUGCCAGCUGCCCUCAUGGACAACUUUGACCAGGGAAGUCCUUUCUCACAAAGUGAUUCUCAAAGUCCUCAUGAUUGGAGCACACAGUCAGAGGACCACAGGCAUCAUCGCAGAGAAAAAAACAGAGAUGCAGCUCGCAAGAGUCGCAGAAAACACACAGAAAAGGCAGACUUGCUGCAUGAGGAACUCCAAACUCUAGAGCAGUCUAAUGCCGCAUUCGUAAAAGAAAUAGCUGAACUGAAGAAGGAGCUUCAACUCUACACCUCAGCUUUGGAACAACAUAUACCUCACUGCACUAAACUAUGUCCAUUUGAACCAUCAGCUCCUGUUACUGGAGGUCCGUCCACAGCUUCACCCUCUACCUCAGAUAUCACAUUCAGCACUGACCCCAACCUCUUGCCGGACCUUGCAUUCUUACCAGAAAGUAAUUCAAUGGACAUAUCUCUAACAGACCUUCUCGACAGUAGCGACUGGUGUCCUUGGGACUCAGUGAAUGGGAACGGGUGCCUACAGCAGUUUUGAGGUUUUGUACAAUCAGUUAUGUUCUUAUUUGAUGACAAGGCUUACAUACUGCAUCCUGCAAACAGCUAUUUUUUGUUGUGUUCAGAUGCUAAUGGUGCUAAAACCCUGAUCCAUUAAGGUGUGAAUAUGUUGUUUCUUAUAAUUUAUUUAAACAAUACUUACAGAUGGCAAGAUUUGAUUUACAAGUAGCUAUAUUUUAGAUAUGGGCAUUAUUUUUUUUAGAUG